GCGCGUGCGCAGAGGGGAGCGGGGCCCGGGCCGGGCGCGCGUGCGCGGAGGCCCCCAGGACCCAGCCCCGCGGCCCGCAGGUGCCCCCGACCAUGGACGCAAGGUGGCCUCCCAGCUCCCGGCCCCUGCUGGGGGUCUGCACCCUCGUCUGCCUGGCCACCGCUGCCUUCCUGGGCCACGUCCUGCUCCGUGACUCCUUGGUGGUCCCCCAAGAGCAGCGGCGCUUCUCCCAAGGGCCCGAGGAGCUUUAUCAUGCUCACCAGCAAGGAGCCCGUGACCCAGGCCCCCAGCCCAGCCCAGGGCACCACGGCAGGCCCCGAGCGGCGCCCACACAGUGUGAUGUGCCCCCCAACAGCCGCUUCGACUGUGCCCCGGACAAGGCCAUCACCCAGGAGCAGUGUGAGGCGCGGGGCUGCUGCUACAGGCCCGCGACGCCCUGGCCCCAGCUCCCCCGGAUGGGACAGCCCUGGUGCUUCUUCCCACCCAGCUACCCGAGUUACAAGCUGGAGAACCUGACCACCACGGAGACGGGCUACACGGCCGCUCUGACCCGUAGCACCCCAACCUUCUUCCCCAAGGACAUCCUGGCCUUACGGUUGGACGUGCUGCUGGAGACGGAGAGCCGGCUCCACUUCACGAUCAAAGAUCCCGCCAACAGGCGCUACGAGGUGCCCCUGGAGACCCCGCGGGCCCACGGCCGCGCCUCGGCCACACUCUACAGCGUGGAGUUCCAGGAGGAGCCCUUCGGGGUGGUCGUGCGCCGGAAGCUGGACGGCCGGGUGCUGCUGAACACGACGGUGGCCCCCCUGUUCUUCGCCGACCAGUUUCUGCAGCUGUCCACCUCCCUGCCGUCCCAGCACAUCGCCGGCCUUGCUGAGCAUCUCGGCUCCCUGAUGCUCAGCACCAACUGGACCAGGGUCACCCUCUGGAACCGGGACAUCGCCCCCUCGCCCAACGUGAACCUGUAUGGGUCCCACCCUUUCUACCUGGCGCUGGAGGACGGCGGGUCAGCUCACGGGGUCUUCCUGCUGAACAGCAAUGCCAUGGACGUGGUCCUGCAGCCGAGCCCGGCCCUCAGCUGGAGGUCGACAGGCGGGAUCCUGGACGUGUACGUCUUCCUGGGCCCGGAGCCCAAGAGCGUGGUGCAGCAGUACCUGGAAGUCGUGGGCUCCCCGUUCAUGCCGCCCUACUGGGGCCUGGGCUUCCACCUGUGCCGCUGGGGAUACUCAUCCACGGCCAUCACCCGCCAGGUGGUAGAGAACAUGACCCGGGCCCACUUCCCCCUGGACACGCAGUGGAACGACCUGGAUUACAUGGACGCCAGGAGGGACUUCACUUUCAACAAGGACGGCUUUGGGGACUUCCCGGCCAUGGUGGAGGAGCUGCACCGGGGCGGCCGGCGGUACGUGAUGAUCGUGGACCCGGCCAUCAGCAGCUCUGGCCCCCCUGGCAGCUACCGACCCUACGACGAGGGUCUGCGGAGGAAGGUUUUCAUCACCAAUGAGACGGGGCAGCCACUGAUUGGGAAGGUGUGGCCCGGGUUCACCGUCUUCCCCGACUUCACCAGCCCCGCGGCCCUGGACUGGUGGCAGGACAUGGUGUCUGAGUUCCACGCCCAGGUGCCCUUCGACGGCAUGUGGAUUGACAUGAACGAGCCAUCCAACUUCGUGAGGGGCUCGGUGUACGGCUGCCCCGACAAUGACCUGGAGAACCCGCCCUACGUGCCCGGGGUGGUUGGCGGGACCCUGCGGGCGGCCACCAUCUGUGCCUCCAGCCGCCAGCUGCUCUCCACGCACUACAACCUGCACAACCUGUACGGCCUGACGGAAGCCAUCGCCUCCCAGAGGGCCCUCGUGAAGGCUCGGGGGACGCGCCCCUUUGUGAUCUCCCGCUCAACUUUCGCCGGCCACGGCCGGUACGCCGGCCACUGGACAGGGGACGUGUGGAGCAGCUGGGAGCAGCUCUCGUACUCUGUACCAGAAAUCCUGCUGUUCAACCUGCUGGGGGUGCCGCUGGUCGGGGCCGACGUCUGUGGCUUCCUGGGCAACACGUCAGAGGAGCUGUGCGUGCGCUGGACCCAGCUGGGGGCCUUCUAUCCGUUCAUGCGGAACCACAACGACCUCAACAGCCUGCCCCAGGAGCCGUACAGGUUCAGCGCGACAGCGCAGGAAGCCAUGAGGAAGGCGCUCGCCCUGCGCUACUCGCUGCUGCCCCACCUCUACACGCUCUUCCACCGGGCGCACGCGGGGGGCGAGACCGUGGCCCGGCCCCUCUUCCUCGAGUUCCCCGAGGACCCCCGCACCUGGACCGUGGACCGCCAGCUCCUGUGGGGGGAGGCUCUGCUCAUCACCCCCGUGCUCGAGGCCGGGAAGGUCGAAGUGACUGGCUACUUCCCCGCUGGCACAUGGUACGACCUGCAGACGGUGCCCGUAGGGGCCUUCGGCAGCCUCCCGCCCCCACCUGCAGCUCUGCUCACAUCCACCAUCCACAGCAAGGGGCAGUGGGUGACGCUGCCGGCCCCACUGGACACCAUCAACGUCCACCUCCGGGCUGGGCACAUCGUCCCCCUGCAGGGCCCUGGCCUCACAACCACAGAGUCCCGAAAGCAGCCCAUGGCCCUGGUUGCAGCCCUGGGCACAAACGGGGAAGCCCGAGGGGAGCUGUUCUGGGACGACGGGGAGAGCCUGGGGGUGCUGGAGCGCGGGGCCUACACGGAGGUGGUCUUCCUGGCCAGGAACGACACCAUCGUGAACGAGCUGGUACACGUGACUAGCGAGGGGGCCGGCCUGCAGCUGAGGAAGGUGACUGUCCUGGGGGUGGCCGCAGGCCCCAGGCAGGUCCUCUGCAACGGCGUCCCUGUCGCCUUCACCUACAGCCCCGACACCAAGACCCUGGACAUCCCCGUGUCACUGACGAUGGGAGAACAGUUUCUCAUCAGCUGGUCUUAACCUGGGGCCGGUGGGGCACUGAUCCCCUACGGGGCGAGAUGGGCUUCGCCGUGGCCUCAGCACCUGCGCGUUCUUGGUCAGGACGUGGGGGGGCCUCGGGGUCAGGAGCGCUUGCCCCUCCAAGCCGUCUCCUGCCGCCGACCUCCCUCCAAUACCCAGAUCUACAUGCACGUCUACCUCCUGGUACCUGGGGCUCUGGGGCUCUGGGCCAGCAACGUGCCUGACAGGUUUUCUGCACAGACCCGACGGCAGCGCCCCUGGGGUUGCCUGGUGUGUGCAGUGUUGUUCUGGAAGGUUUACCUCUCCGAAGCCCGUCACUGGAAUGUGCGUGAUGUCAUCUGCCACCAGCUGCCUGUCUGUGACGGCAGACGUGUGCUCGGGCUGAGGCUGUCAUACCCGCACCCCGAGCUCGCGGCACGGAUGGCCAGAUGAAAGGACAGAGCUGGGCGGCCACCGCAGACGGCUCUCUGGGCCCCUGCCCAUCGCGCCCGGCAGCUGGGGGGCUGCCCCGUCCAGCAGUCCGAUGAGAGCAGGCCCGGGGACUCGGGGGGUUCACGGGACACAGGGAAACACUUGAUCUUAAGUGCAAUUAUCUUUAAUAAAAGGGACAUUGCAA